UUGUUUUGGGUUACCUUCAAUCGAGGACGGGAUUAUUGACUAAAUCGGGACUGCGCUCGGGCGCAGUCCGUCCGUAUUCUGGUCAAUGAGGUGUACGACUAUAAUCCUAGUGCACUAUGAGUGAAAAAGCAAACGAGACUGUUGAGAGCAACAAAAUGGAAGCUAAUAUGAGUAGACAAAAUAUGGAAGAUGAACGAAUACAAUCAAGAAGGAAUGAAGACGAAGAAAGUAUUGAUGAACAGCACAAUAAAUCUGGAGAAGUAGAAGAAGAAGACUUGAUGGAGACUGAGUACAAUAUUAGACAAAAUGAAGAGAAUGAAGAAGACUGGACAAUAGUAAAGAGGUCCAAGGCAAAACGCUGGAAACCGAACUCCGUUGAUGUUUGCAUCUCGAGCAAAAAUCAGCUACCAAAACAAUUCGCAUUGGCCAAACUAUUUCAUCGACUUAAUAUUGGUGGUAUAACUCGUGUGAAAUAUAUUAAUGCUUUUAAAGUCCUUCUAGCAUUUGAGGACAUAGCUUUUUCCGAAAAAUUCGCAGCAUGUCCUGAAAUUCAAGAACAAGGCUGGAGGAUUCAAAAUUCAUGGGAAGUAAAUAUCUCUUAUGGAAUUGUCAAAAACAUGGAAAUAGGCAUAUCUGAGGAUGACCUUAUGGAAAAUAUUAGGACCAGCAAUAAUUGCGAAAUAGUAGCGAUCAAACGAUUGAAUAAACGGAACCCGGCUUCGCCAGGAUGGAUAGACAGUGAAACCAUUCGCCUCAGCUUCAAGGGUAACUCACUUCCGGAAUAUGUAUAUUUAUUCAAUACAAGGGUAAAAGUCGAAGCAUAUAUUUUCCCCGUAACACAAUGCUCAAAUUGCUGGCGUUUUGGUCAUAGUGCCAAAUAUUGUCCUUCUACAAAAAUAUUCUGCCCUAAAUGUGGGAAACNUAACCUUAACUAG